AAUUAACCAUGGACGGAAUGAUUGCAAUGCUCCCUGCUCCACUGCAGAAACUAUCGUCGCAUAUUGAUUUUCAAGGACAGAAAGUCGCCGAGAGAACUUACCAGGUAAUCCUCACUAUUGCUGGAAUUAUUGGCUUCCUCGUUGGAUUCUGGACUCAACAGCUUUCAUAUGCCAUGUUCACAGUGCUGGGAGCAUCUGCGUUCACAGCUCUCAUCAUUCUUCCACCAUGGCCAUUCCUCUUCAGAAAGAACCCGAUUGUGUGGCACACACCUGCGGAACCACAAGAAUCUGGAGACAAGAAAAAGGAGACAAAGAAGACGAAAUAAAUCGGCAAUGAUGCAAAAACUAAAGAAAAACGUUUUACUCGGGAUCUGGUCAAAUAUUUAUUUUAAAUUAAAUUAUUUAUGAGCUCUUCUUCAUUUUUCUGUGUGAUAUAAGAAUCAUCUUCUGAACCAUAAUAAAUUCAUUUUCAAUCU